UCUUUCUCAGCCUCGAUCGACCUUCAGACUUAACGCUUGAAAAAAAAUUGUUCAAAUUCUUCAAUAAUUUGGCGCUAUGGGGGGCCGCGGUAGCAAAGACAAGAGCGCCUUUCUCGUGAAGUCCAUCGCAGACCACGCCAAAGACAUCAACUGCAUGGCGCUGUCUGAAGACCAGAGCGUCCUGGUCACUGGGUCUGAAGACUGCACCGCCAAGAUGUACGAUCUCAAAGACAAGGACUACGAGUGUCUUGGAACUUUUGAAGGCCACACAAGCUACAUCACCUGCAUCACCAUCGCCGACACCUUCACCUUCACGGGCUCCAACGACACCACCAUCAGGAAGUGGGACAUGACCACCUGCCUCUGCGUCAACGUCUAUUAUGGCCACACAGCGCGCAUCAGCCGCGUGAUCUGCAACCACGAGUUCUUGUUUUCGACGUCGCACGACAAGACCGCACGUGCGUGGUUCUUCAGCGACGACGAGCUCUCGGACAGUCCCGAGGACUUCACAGAGCAGGAGUACUCGGAGCUGCUCUGCAUCAGGACCUUCAAGGGCCACAACAAGUCGGUGUACCCUAUCAUCUACAUCUCAGCGGACGACGAGUACUACACGCCUGGCAGCCUCACCGACCAAGCCCUCAACCCCAACGACCUCAUCAUCACAGGCAGCGGAGACUUCACGGCCAAGAUCUGGUCUUUUGAUUUGGCCAAGUGCCUGCACACGCUCAAGGGUCACAGAGCGGCCGUGACAUGCAUGACGACGGAUGCUCAAGGCAUUGUCCUCUACACGGGCAGCGCUGACAAAUCCAUCCGCUCCUGGAACAUCCAACGCGGCGAGUGUCUCAGGGUAAUGGAGGAGCACGAUGCUCCCGUGAUGAACCUGCUCAUCGUGAACCGCCUGAUGUACUCGUGUAGUCAGGACUGCACUGCGCGCUGUUGGGUGCGGGAGUUCGGCGACUGCACCAACGUCUACCGCGACGCCACCGACUCUCUUGUGGUCAUCCACGUCAAGAAUGGAUUGCUUUUCACGGCCGGAGGAGACUCUGUCAUCCGCGUUUAUGACAUCAAAAGCGGUGCCUUGAAGGAGACGUUCGAAGGCCACAGCGCCAGCGUCCAGUGUCUGGCGAUCGCUGGCAACCGCAUGUACACUGCAGGCUACGACAACACGCUCAAGAUUUGGAAUAUUGAGAGUCUUCGCAUGGAGAAGAACAGCAUGCUGGACGAUGAAGACCUGGAGGGCCUGCCUCUCCACAACCACCAACCGCUGUUGAACAACAGAAUCAACAAGUAUGAUGAUGUGGAUGUCAACAGCGCCCCUGCGAUGAAGUAACACCUGCAUCGUGGCAACCUGCAAUAAUAUGAGACCUGAAUAAUGGACACUAGCGAUAAAACGAAACCUGUAUCCCUUACAUGUGCGAUAAAAUGAGAUCUGAACCAUGGCAAUAGUUAUCAACUAUAUUGACUAGUUUAUUAGUUAAUUAACUGGUAUAUAGUUACUCACUUAUCAGUCAUCACUUAUAAUAUUGGCAGAUCGUUUAUUAUAUCUCGCGGCAAUAAAAUAUGGAGAACCGGUAAAGUAAGUGCGUCCGUUUAACCCAUGUUUCCAAACCAAAGUCUCUCAAAAGGUCUGGUUAACCCACUUAUGCCAGUCGAGCCGUAAAACAUUUAAACAAAUCCUAACUUUCAGUACAAUAAUAACUUAAUAACCUGCAUGAUGUGUCAGCACUGCUGUAUUUAUUAAUUUCACUUAAUUAAUUAAUUAAGGGCGAGAAACAAUAAUUAAUUAGAAAUAAUAACGGCGAGAUUCCAGUUUUCUUACAUCAAUAUCAUCAUUUUAGAAAUGACGAAAUUUAUGUUUGAAGCUGUUUGAAAACUUAAUUUCGCGAUAUGAUGCAAAAUUUAAACAUUUUAGUUGUUCGGGUUACGUUGAGAAAAAAACGGAAUUCUUGAAAUUUGUAGUUAUAUCUUGAAAAUUUAUUCAUCUGAGCACCGAUGACGAUUAUUGAUGAUCUUAAUUAAAUAAUAAAAUACCAAUUCAAUGGAGAAAUUGUAACUAUUUU